CGGGCUGGCGCGGGCGCGAGCCGCGCGUCGUGCGUCGGGCGCGUGCCGGUGCCCGGCGGCCGUUGUCGGUGCCGGGCGUUGUGCGCGCGCCGCCGCGUGUCGCGACAGUUGCCGCCCGGCGCGAUGGCGAAGCCGCCGCUGCCGGCUGGUUUCCGCCCCUCCGCCGCCGCCCUCUGGCCCCGCUCCCGCCCCGCCAUCCCCCGGCCCUGCACCUUCCCCAUGAAGCUGUGGCUGCUGGUCAACAGCCCGUGGGUCGACUCGGUGCGCUGGGACGCCCGCGGCGAAGGGCUAUUCAUCGACCAGAGGCUCUUCGAGAAGGAGCUGCUGGGCGUGGGGCCCAGCGCCGCCGGGGAAGAGGAGCUCUUCAAAACCAAGAACUUCGGCAGCAUAGUCCGCCAGCUCAACCUAUAUGGCUUCCACAAGCUGACGGUGAGUCCGACCAGCAGCGUGGUCGGGCCCAGAAGGCCGCCCGCGGCGGGGGGCGAUACCAGCUACGCUGAUGGGCCCCUGCACCACUUCUGGAACCCGCAUUUUCGCUUCGACCGCCCCGACCUCCUCGUAAAGAUCAGGAGACUGACCAAGGCCAACAAGGAGAAGCUGGACGCUGGCCUGGAGGUGACCAGCCGCCUGCCCGACGACUUGCAGUACAUUACUGGGAGAGGACUUGCUGCAGUCGCCCAUGUGCCUCGGCGAGGUCGGAAGGACCGGACAUUUCCAGUGGCCGAGCUGAUGUGUGGUCAUGUGUUCUCCCUGGAAAAAAGAGACGUAAGUUGGAUGAGCAACAAGACAGAAAGACAAGGGAGGUCAGGAGGAGCUUGUCAGGCUUGCAAAGGAAGAAGCAGAGACAUAUCUGCACACCACACUAUAAAGGAGGAGAAGCAAAACUCACACCUGAACGUCUGUAACAGGCAAGGCUUCUUAGUUUAGACAUUUUGCCAGCAGGGAUAAGAGCAACAUGAAGAAACAUCCUUAAGUGCCAGAGAAGCUGAUGUGUAUCCUACUUAUCGAACAGUCUGUUGCUGACCUGUCUGCUGCAGGUCCAUUUGUCAUGAGCAGACUUACAGCAGAGAACUGUGUUUGAAUGGUCUCAGUGACAUUUUGGCUCUACUUGAGGUUAGUGGCCAAAAUGCUACAAGGCUCAAAAAGGUGAAUUCUCACCCUCAACCUGUAAACCAUUUAUAAAUCAUUUAUUAAAUAUGACUCUUUAAAUUGUUGGACUGCUUAGUGUUUUCACUGCCAUGUGUGCAUGACAUUAAUAAAAGUGCCGUGGAAUCCAGCUGAUAGAAGAAAUAUAACUAUGUUGUUGUGUUCCUGAUGACAAAAGGAUUAUAGUCUUUCCCCAAAAUUUGACUGUCCCACUUGAAAAUAAAGCAUAACUGCAUUGUCUUUUUUUCCCUGAAAUGUAAAAAUCACAACAACAGGUUUUGUUUCUGAAGAGCACAUUUGGAACUCCAGUUUGGAAUUCCAAAUGUUCAUUAGCUUUAAAUCAAUGCUGUUUAGCAUCUUGAUCAAUAUUUCAAAUAAUUCUGUUGAAAUAGUGGUUGUUUUUUUUUUAUUCAGUAGUAUCAGCCAGUGGACUGCUUAGAUCUUAUUUCUGUUGGCACUUUUGCUUCAGUUUAUGUGAACUUUUUGUAAUUGCACCUUUGAUACCUUACUGUAAUUUAGUUAACUGUCUUUAUUUAUACAUCUGUUAUUACAUUUAUUUGUCAGCAUUAUGAUUAGAAAAAUAAUGGAUAAAUAUUCACUUACAACUAACAGAGUAGGAACAGAAAACCAUGUCUAACCACACUUCUUAAUGGCUUUGUAAGGGGAUGAAACUGUACAGCAAGUAAAGUUUAAGGGUAACAUAUGAGGCAAGUCAUAAUGUAAGCUCUGCUGGACAUUCUAUGUAUUUUACUAUAAACAUUUGGUUAUGUCCAUCCGCUACACUAAAAUAAUGUUAUUACAAAUUGCAAAGUCAGCUUCUGAGAAUUUGAAGGCAUAUUGAAAUUUGUGCAUUGGAAGUUUGUGUCCAAGAAGAACACUGGAGGAAAUAUCCAUCUCACUGCUUAGCCUAAAGAAAUCUCAAUAAGGAAAAUAGCUCAUGGUCACCUUUGCUAGAACUGGAUACAAAUUGGAGGGCAAUAAGCCACUGCCAUACCAUGGAGGAGCAGAAUUUGAGUAGGAAUGAACGUCUUAUCUGUGGGGUUUCAAGACAUUUCUGACAAGAAGAAUAGAGAGCAUUUGGGGAUCCCUAGUCUGUGUACACAGUCCAAGAACACAAAACAAAUAACUUUCCAGAACAAAAAGUUUAAUAUUUUUAAAACUACUAAAAAUUAAGGCCUAUAAUGCAAACUAGAGUGUAAAUUCACUCCACUUACUGCUGAAGCUAUUAGUUGCACAGUUACACUAAUGAAGUCCUAAUCCAGAACAAAGACCACAGAGGUUCUGAAUGAACAGAUAGAAAGGCAAAUACACAUAUUGACAGCUGUUGCCUGUUAAUCAAAAGACAGAAGACAAAGUAAAACACCAUGGGUGCUGUGAGCACAAUUUAGUUUUGUUAGGCCUCAACAAUGGAUGUCAGAGGCACAUGGGAGAAGGAUUGCACCGGCAGGAGGCAACUAGAAGAAGCCUUAUCUCUGGGAGGACUUCGCCUGGCAGCAUCUCACAUGCGACAGGCAGUAGGAGACACACUGAACUCCCCAGAGGGGCUUCUCCAGUCUGAUGAUGAAAGGUUGGACUGGGCCAAUGGUCUCCUGCCAGCAGGCAGGUUUGUAGGGGCCAGGAGCAUAAACAGUAGCUGCAAAACAAGCGCCAGGGGCUUUCUUGAAACUUGCUUGAGUGUGGAGUUUUGGUUUGGGGCUCUUUUGAGGCUGUGCUUUCACGGCUUGGUUUUUCAAGAGUUGCUUUUUGAAACUUGCUUUUGAGUCAGGGCUUUUUGAGUGCUAUGCAUUUUCCUCUGGCCCCAGCCUGCCUUUUGGCUCUUCUGCCCUCCCCGGUUCUUGCUCGCCCCCGCGUCCGUUCUGCCGUCCUGUGUCCCUGACCAAUGCCCUGCCUGCUUCGUCUGUGCGUCCCUGCCUUGGCCCCUGCAUCCAUCGCUGCCUCAGGGAUGCAGCUCCCCGAGAGCUGCUGUUCCGGCCCGGCCGUGCUCCGGCAGCCAGCCGGCACACCGCCGCCGCCUGGACGCCGAGUACCAGAGCUUGUCGGACUCGCUGGUCGCAACGCCCUCUUUCCCUCUCUGCCUUCUCUCUCUCCCCCUGCCUCUCUCUCACUCCUCCUCCAUUUUCCUUCCUCCGUUUCUGUCAUCCCUCUUUUGUUUGGGCAACUCCCUUCUCGUUCUAAUAAACAGUUCACAGAU